AUGUGGGGGGCUCAAGGACCACGGAGUCUCGGUGCUGCUGCUGUACACCGGGGAGCUCCAACACCGGUCUCUGCCCAGCAAGCCCAGCAAGAUGAUCUCUUUUCUUCGCGGCUAACAGGUGCCCAAGCUGGCAUGAGGUUUGGGAACCAAGGAAGCGUUGCGCAGGCACACGGGCAAGUGCCCGUUCCGGACGACUUCCCUCCUCUGAAUCGGGCAACAAACGGCGACGUUGGUGGGCAAGAGCGAGGGGUGAUGUCCAACAUUGCCUUUGGUGCGCAGAAUGUUGCACCAGGGUCUGGGGUACAAAACAGAGCAAACAAUGGCCUGCUUAAUGCACUCUCAGCUACAUCACGCGCCGGCGACACUCGGCCACAGGCAGCGAUAGCGCGACCUCAAGAUGCUCGAAGUCCAACAGGCAAUGACGAAGCUCCUCAAAAAGACGGCAUGGAUGCGAUCAGUGGCAAGAAUCCCCAUGGUGCGAUCGGUAAUGACGCUCCAUCAGGGAAAGGAAAAGAGGAUGAAAAGCCUACACGCCCGCCUGCUCAGGAUCCGUUAGAGGGCAUGGCGCCUGCGGAUAAAUGGGGCAUCAAGGGCCUGCGACUGCUGAUGAACAACUUUCCCGACUACAAUGCGCUCGCAUGUGGAAUUGACCCUACCACCCUGAACAUGGACCUCCGUUCCAGCGAGCCACUGUCAACAAAGGUCUACUCUCUCUUCGACGAUGUGCCUCCGAGGGCGCCCGUUCCCAAGUUCGAACUACCGGAGUGCUACCAGGUCAAAAAUGUGCAGCCAAUCGAGGCCAAGAUCUCCAGCUUCAAUGAGGAGACUCUUAUGUGGAUUUUCUACAGCUGUCCAAGAGACAUCAAGCAGCAAAUGGCAGCUAUUGAGCUGAACAACCGCAACUGGAGGUGGCAUAAGAAGUUGCAGCUGUGGCUUACGAAGGAUGACUUGAUGGCUCCUCAGGUUCUUGGCCCCAACCAUGAGCGUGGCUACUAUGUUGUCUGGGACACUGUCAACUGGCGCAAGGAACGGCGCGAGUUGACUCUACAUUACGCGGAUCUAGACACCAACCCCGGUACCCCGCUGCAGAGCAUAGCGGCCUAG